UCAUUGAUCAGUCGACCUCGAAUCGGAGCUUGUGUGGGCCAGCAAGAGCGAUGCCUGGAAAAACGGCCCUGGAGCUCUUGAAGGAGAAGAAGCACGUCUUCACUUCCCUCCGGCCUCCGAAUCUCUCCAGUUGCACGAGAAAGGAUGUCCGAGAGUAUUUUGAAAACACUUAUGAUCUUGACGAAGCUAUAUUUACAGCUCUAAAAGAUGAGAAGUAUUUCUACAUGUGCCCUGAUAGGCUUCGCCUGCCUCUCAUCUUUUAUUUUGCCCACACAGCCACUCUCUAUGUUAACAAGCUAUUGCUAGCUGGACUCAUUAAGGAGAGAGUUAAUAGAGGUUUUGAGACAAUGUUUGAAACCGGAGUGGAUGAAAUGUCCUGGGAUGACACAGAGAACUACAGGAUGGGUGGUAGCUAUCAGUGGCCCUCAUUGAGUGAAGUUAUGGAGUACAGGAGCAGAGUGAGGGAGCUGGUGAUUGAAGUGAUUGAGAAUGCACCACUCACUCUACCUAUAACUAUGGAUCAUCCUUGGUGGAGUAUAUUUAUGGGGCUGGAACAUGAAAGGAUUCAUAUUGAGACGUCGUCAGUGUUGAUACGUCAGUUACCAGUUGAUUAUUUGGAGUGCCCCACUAACUGGAAGUAUGCUCCCAUUAAUUCUCCUACACCAGUUGGUCCUAAUGCAUUCAUUAAAGUGAAUGAAGGGGAGAUUACAUUAGGUAAGCCUACUGACUUCCCUACUUACGGCUGGGACAAUGAAUAUGGAACUAAAACCAUCAAAGUUCCUGCAUUUGAAGCAACUCAGUAUCUUAUUACUAACAAAGAGUUUCUUGACUUUGUUGCUGAUGGUGGAUACAGUACUAAGAAAUACUGGACUGAUGAAGGUUGGCAAUGGGUUCAGUUCAGGCAGCCAAGGCAUCCAUUGUUUUGGGUUUGUACUGAUGAAUGCAAGUCUAACUGUGGAUCCAUUCUCUCCGAUUACUCUCACUGUAACAAUGAGAGUAAUGGAGUGACCAAUGGGAGCACCCAUUCUAAGUACAAGUAUCGUGCUUUGUAUGACGUCAUUGAUAUGCCUUGGGACUGGCCAGUUGAUGUUAACUAUCACGAGGCAAAGGCAUACUGCCGUUGGAAAGGGGCGGAGUUUAGACUACCGACUGAAGCCGAGCACCAGAUCAUGAGAGGAGACGAUCCAUUGUCUUCAAAAUAUAGUUGUGACCCAAUCAAUCGCAAGGACUUUCAUUGCAACUUUAACUUUGCCUAUGGCUCUUCAACACCUGUCAAUUUUUAUCCUGCCAACUCCAAGGGUUUUUAUGAUCUCUAUGGCAACGUAUGGGAAUGCACCGAGGACCAUUUCAAUGGCUUCCCUGGCUAUGAAUCUCAUUACCUUUAUGAUGAUUUCUCCUCUCCUUGCUUUGAUGGAAGACACAACAUGAUACAGGGAGGUUCUUGGGCGUCUACUGGUGACCUGUGCUCUCGUUUUGCUCGCUAUGCUUUCAGGAGGCAUUUCUAUCAACACAUGGGCUUCCGGCUAGUUCGCUCACUCUCUCCUUCCUUUGGUACUCCAGUUAAACUCUGUGACUGCUCUGCAUUUGUGCUUGGACUUGGAGUCCACAGUAAUCCAGUCACUGUUGAAGGAGUUGAUGAGACUGCUUGCUUCUCUCCAUCCACUAAUAAGCAAUACGUUUAUGACGAUGAGGACCUUUGCCAUGAUUGCAUUUUGAAUAAAAUGGGAAAAGACGUUGAUUAUGGGCAACCAUUGGUGAAGUAUGUUAAGGAGAUUUUGGGGUCGUUAGGGGCGGAGACUGGUAGCGCUAUGGUUGCUGGGUGUGGUCCAGGCUAUACAUCGUUUCAGUUAGGGGCAAUGUUUGAUAGUGUGCUUGGAAUGGAAUUUGGUGGGAGGUUGGUUGAUGCUGCAAUUCAAUUACAAAAUAAUGGUGAAGCUGUCAUUGGAGAUGAUACUGUUGCACUGUCUUGCAUCUCGUCGCCACUGAGAACUGAUAAUGUCACAUUCAAACAAUUGACUUGGUUUCCAAAUGAGCUUGAAGGCUUUGAUUUGGUACUGUUUGAGUUUCUAGACAGACUCAACGAACCGAAAGGCUGGUUGCGUAAAUUGUGGGAGAUUGUUAACAAGAAAGGAAUAUUAAUAAUCUCAGCCAGUGACAUGUGGACAGUACCAGUGCUGAAGCAAUACAUUGGAGAAUGGUUUGAACUUGUCCAUGAGAGCAAUGUGGAUAAAAUAAUAUCCACUUGGAGGCUAAAAGAAGAUUAAAUGAGAAAUAGAGAUGAUUUUUGUAUUAUGUUAUGGACUCAGUUUUAUUUCUCAUAUUAUUUAUUAAUCUUCAGAGCAUUAUUAUUAAUUUUAA